AGACUCGUUUUUGAAACACGUAUGACGUUAACGUUUCGUCACAUGGUGACAUAUUGCAGUGAAACUAGUUUAUUAUCCUUCACUGAACUGCAAGGAUGAAUAUUAAGAAGAUAAAAUUCGAUUUCAGUUUUAUUUUAUUAAUUUCUUUAUGCAUCCCGUUCGAGGAAUUCUGCUGUCUGGCCGUUGUUUUAGAAUUUAAUGAAUUCCCCUCUGUAAGUCGGCAGAAAAGACAUACCGAAGAUGGAGGAUGCCAAAUUCAAAAUUCUUUUAUAGCAGUAAAUACUACCGAAAGACUUCAACAAUUGAGAGAGAAAAUGAAAGAAAAUAAUUAUUCUGCUUAUAUUAUACCUACAGAUGAUGAACACCAGAGUGAAUACGUAGCUGAGUAUGACAAGAGAAGAGCUUAUAUAUCAGGAUUUAGCGGAUCAGCAGGGACAGCAGUUGUACUGUUAAACAAAGCCGCACUGUGGACAGACUCACGUUACUUUCUCCAAGCAGAAGACGAAUUGGAUUGUAAUUGGAUAUUAAUGAAACAAUACGAAGAAAAUUACCCAGAAAUUUUCGAAUGGUUAACUGAAAAUUUAUCGAACGGAUCGGUCGUUGGUGCCGAUCCUAGAUUCAUUAAACAAAAUACUUGGAUUAAUUUGGAUAAGAAGCUGUCUAAUUCGGGCAUAAUUCUGAAAGGAGAGUAUAAAAAUCUGAUUGACGAAAUUUGGAUUGAAAGUAAUGGCCGACCGCAUCAACCAAGUGGGAAAAUAUUUAUUCAUCAAUUAAUAUAUGCAGGAAAGACGUGGGAAGAAAAAAUAAAUGAACUCAGAAAAGAAAUAAGAGCUAACGAGGCAGACUGCAUCAUUGUUACAGCCUUAGACGAAAUAGCCUGGUUAUUUAAUCUAAGAGGUUCGGACGUUCCUUACAAUCCCGUUUUUAAAUCGUUUGCAUUCGUAAGUCAAACGCAAAUAAGUAUUUACGUGGAUGUGGAUAAAGUAACUAAUGAAGUCGAGCAACAUUUAUCAACCCCUUCUAAUGAAACUUAUUUAGUGAAUUUUAAAAAUUACACGAGCAUUUAUACGGACAUCGAAAAUUUACUUGAUGACUUAGGAAAAGUAUUAAUUACAUUCCAUUCAAGUUACGCUAUAUACAAUCUAAUUCCAAAAGAGAAAAGGAUCAUCAAAACAUCACCCAUAAUGUUAAUGAAAGCUGUGAAAAAUCCGAUCGAAAUCGACGGAAUGAAAAAUGCUCACAUGAAAGAUUCCAUUGCAAUAAUCGAUUUCAUUGCCCUCCUGGAGGAAGAAGUAAAACAUGGAAAACACUGGGACGAAAUCAAGGCCAUGGAAAUAAUUAGCCAAUACAGAAGAAAACAAGAACUGAAUAUGGGGGACAGUUUUGAAAGCAUUUCUGCUUCGGGUUCCAAUGGUGCCAUAAUUCAUUACACCUCUCGGCCUGCAACUAAUAAAACAAUCGACACGGAUAACAUGUUUCUAUUGGAUACGGGGGGCCAAUAUUUAGAUGGAACAACUGAUACCACUCGAACAUUUCACUUUGGAAAUGCUACAGAUUUCGAAAGGGAAGCAUACACAAGAGUCCUUAUGGGUGCAAUUGAUUUGGCAUCAGUAAUUUUUCCGAAAGGAACAAGGGAUAUCGACGUCGAUAUAUUUGCAAGAAGACACUUGUAUCAAAUAGGUUUGGAUUACAAACAUGGAACAGGACACGGGAUUGGUUUAUUCCUUAACGUACACGAAGGUCCUACGCUUAUACGAGAACCAAAGUUACGAGCGAGAGCUUCCGAAAUGAAACCCGGAAUGUUUAUAUCGGAUGAACCUGGUUAUUAUGAAAAAGAUAAGUUUGGUAUUCGACUAGAAACUGUUAUAAUGGUAACAGAAGCAAAUCUUCCAUAUAAAUUCAAUAAUAUCACAUUCUAUAAAUUUGAACCGGUUGCACUGGUUCCUUUCGAGCCUAAUUUGAUCAAGUAUCAGUUACUUGACAGAUCUCAGAUAAAUUGGUUAAAUUCUUACAAUUUGAAAAUUCGUGAAAUAAUUGGCAAAGAACUGCUCAAACAGAACAAAACAAAAGCAUACAAUUGGAUGAUGUCCAGAACUGAUCACAUUCCACCUGUACUUUGUGAUAUGUAAAGGAUAAUGAUUUCAUGAAAUGACUGAAGUAUUCUGGGGAAACCGGGUUCGAGUCCCUGACAGAAACCUCAAAUUUUUCGUGGGUAGUUUUUCCCGGAUAUGUUGUGUCUCGAACGUCCCCACUGUCAGCCCAGCCAAACUCAGUGUGUCGUGUUACAGCUGAAUUCGGGUCCCAUGUACAUGUACAAUAACAUUUUUCUUCGGGAAAUAUCAUAUUUUUUUAUAAAAUAUUAGUUUGGAGCCCCCUAUUAGGGCCCCAGGCAAUGGCCUCUUUUGCCCGUGGGAUUACGCGCCACUGGCCAAACCUACAAUGGACGGGCGAGCAACACUCCAGAAAUUUUUCGUGGCAAUCUUCCCGGAUACAUGUGGGCCUGGCCGAACCCAAGACGGUUAUAGCAAAAAGGAUCCUCUUAGUGCCCAAAAAGAGCCGAAAUGAAAAAGAAAUUGAUUUGAUUAAAGGCUCUGUUAGCGCUCUCAGUGCGGAAGGAGUCAAAAAAUCAACAAAAAGAAGAUUCAAAAGUAGGGUUUCUCAGCCGAUGUAUCGAGAACAUAAUGUGCUACAAAAUUUCUAAAAGUAUUAAUACUAUAAAAAUGGUAAUUGUUUGUCUCUUUUUAAAAUAUAACUUGUAAUAUUCUAUAUAUAAAAAUGCACAAUUAAUAUUGAAUGUGGCAUUGGCGAUUUGCAUGCCAUUAUAUGCAUAAGGGUGUCUUUAGUGGAACACUAGCCACUUGGUGUAUAGGUGGGUAGUUUUGAUAGGUCACUGCCAUAACUCAGAAGCACAUAAAAGUAAGCCUCAGUAUUUCAGAUUGAUGUAUUUCUAAAAAGUUUUGUAUUAAUAAUAAUACAAUAAAUUAUAUUAUUUUUGUUAACUGGAAUUACC